AUGGGACCGACGACAAUCGGAAAUGAGGUGCAACUCGAGCGCAGCGCGACGCCUACCUACAAACCUGUCUACGAUGCUUUUAAUGUGAAUGGCCUAAAACAACGCGACGUGUUUGUAACACGUUCCCGAUCGAUACCCCCACAGGGUUCCCCCGUGUGGUCGGAUGAGGGAUUUUCAGAUCGGACCAGCACGCCACAACCGUCUUCUGUGUCAAAUUCUCCUCCAAGGCUUCCGCGAACGCCCGUUUUGACGCCUCAAUCCUCUUCAAUGUCAUUGCCGAGCCAACAGUCAAUAAUACCUAACCCUUUGGAGCGCCAAACAACCUUCAUCUACUCGGCUCCGAACGUGGUAGAGGAUCAACUAAAGUCGAAAUCGGACGAACGAUUGCCGAAAAAAGCUGCCGGAGACGUUUCGUUGACUGCCGAGCAGUGUAUAGCAUUUAUCUACAAGGCUUGUCGACGGUUACACCCGGUAAAAUGCGAAGGGGUGCAGAUAAAGCUGGAAGCGCUAAAGGAGCAGAUACAAAAGCAGGGGAUGACCGAGCCGUGCGUCAAGAAAUUGAAUUUCGUCGUUGACGCGCUCGACCGCGAACAAUACGAUGAAGCUUGGGCGUUCUUUGAUCAAUGGCAGCAGAAAUUCCCCGAGCAAAUGGGGAGUUGGACUCAAGGGAUGAAAAUUAUGAUCUCCGAGCUGAAGCGGACCUAUGGCCGCGUGGGCAGCGCCGGAAGUCAACGAUUGAAGAUAUCG